ACUACUAUUUGCAGUACACAGUGCUUACACGACGAGGAAAAUUGCCGUCGUCUACCGGAUAUUUCAAUUAUUUUCCCGAAUUUUGUGUUGUGGGCGUGGAUUUUACACUUUACUGGAGAAUUCUGGUAUAAGCAGUCUUCCCUAAAAUGUGGGCAGAUACUUUACUGAUAGUAUUCAUAUCAGUUUGUACGGCACUUUUAGGAGAAGGUUUAACAUGGCUGAUGGUUUAUCGCACAGAAAAGUACCAAAAACUGAAGUCUGAGGUGGAGCGUCAAAGCAAAAGACUGGAGAAGAUGAAAGAAGCUCAUGGAGAAUCUUCUUUAGACAAACAACAGAAGAAGAAAAUGGAUAGAGAGGAAGAGAGACUGAAGCAAAAUAAUAGAGAUCUAUCCUUGGUUAAGAUGAAAUCUAUGUUUGCCAUUGGUUUUGCAUUCACAGCACUUUUGAGCAUGUUUAACAACAUAUUCGAUGGUCGUGUUGUUGCUAGACUGCCUUUCUUGCCCAUAUCCUGGAUCCAAGGACUGUCCCACCGCAAUUUGCCAGGGGAUGAUUAUUAUGACUGCUCCUUCAUUUUCCUCUACAUCCUUUGCACUAUGUCUAUUCGUCAGAACACUCAGAAGAUACUUGGAUUUGCUCCUUCACGUACAGCCACGAAACAAAGUGGGAUUUUUGGGACAAAUCCACAACCCUAUAAAUAAACUUUAAUUUUGUUACUGUUUUUUUUUUUCUUUUUUUAAGAAAGGUUUUAUUUGUAUACAGAGUGCUGUUCAUGUUCAUUAAAAAUUUAAUCAAAGUUCAA